GGAUUGUCUCGCUUUGGAGCUCACGGCAACGGAUGCACUGUGUGAGAUACCCUCUUGACUUCUAAACCUAACUCCAAUCACGAUGACGCAGAAAACGAUGCGGCACGAGAGCAAGCAAACAUCAGGACCCUGCCUACUUGGCAUGAUAUCUCCAGCACAUCUCCACCACUUAAUUCUCAAAUCCGUCUUCAAUCGUGUGUAUUUUCGAGAUUUGGGAGUUGGCGUGACCGCAAGAGGAUAGUUUGAGACGUUUGGGACGAUGGGUUGGGCGUGAUUUGUUCUGUGCGAGAGACUGGAAACGAAAUGGUUUGUGGGUUUUUGUAGGGUUUUGCGAUUGCAAGUGGGGAGUUGAAUCCUCGUGGGAGACGGUACCACGACCCAACAUGUCGGUUUUGAAGUAUAUGGUGCUGUUGAAUAGGGAUGUGCCGCGCGCAGCGCAAUUCUACGCUCAUGGGUUGGGAUUGGCCGUGAAUGUGUGCACCACGCGCUGGGCCGAGCUUCAGUCUGGCCCUUGCAAGAUUGCUCUUAUGGAGUCUCCUAGCAAUGUGGAGCUUACGAAGGGCUACUCGCCAUUUUUGUCCUUCAACGUGAAAGAUAUGGACAGCACCGUUCUGAGACUGCUUUCCAUGGGCGCUGAGCUCGAUGGUCCAAUUAAGUAUCCACCUCAGGGCAAGGUUGCGGCAUUGCGUUGUUUGGAUGGUCACAUGUUAGGUCUUUUUGAGCCAAAUAAGCCUGAAUAAGCUGAAAGAUGAGAACAUCUUCGAUUGACACCUGCUUAGUCCUUAUUAACCAUGAGCUUCCAGUUGUACAGUUGGAAUGGAUUUCAUUCCCUUGCCCUCUUCGCUCAAGAAUUAGGAGAGGUAAUGAGACAUUUGAAGGCUAUUGUCGAUCAUCGAACAUUCUGAAGUGUCACUGCAAGUGAAAGAGUUGAACUAGAGUUCACUAUCUCUUAAGUGUAGGUUCCUGGCAAGUAUGAAAUUCAGAGCGUCCCUAAAAACAGUACUCCUGUUAAAAGCGUCUGGUGUGACAAAAUACUUUGCAUUGCGUGUCCUACAGUGCUUCACAUCAAAUGCUGUAACCCGUAUACAGAUCGAUAAUAUUUUAUUCGAUUUUUACAGCAGAUUUUGUAAGAAGCUAAACAAAAUAGUUAGAUCUUCUGAACAUAACAGACGGCAGAUUGGAUUCUCCUCACGUGUUCAAAACUA